UCUACUUUUCUCAAUUUCAAUACAAAAAGCACAUAGAUUUGCUUCCUACCCCCAAAAUCAAUACCUAUAUAAACCAUUUCCCCUUCUUUCAUUCUCUCAAUCGCCUCUCUUUACAUAUGGCUUCCAACGCCUUCUUUUCUCUCUCUUCAAUGCUUCUUGUUUCUGUUGUCACUAAGUUCAUAUUUCCCAUGUCUCCACUUGCUUUUGGACUAACUAUCUUUUUUGUUCCUCUCCUCACUUAUAUCAUCUCUUCCAUGGCCUCCUCCUCUAAGCUUCCUCCUGGUCCUCUCUCCAUUCCCAUUUUUGGCAAUUGGCUCCAAGUUGGUAAUGAUCUCAACCAUCGCCUUCUUGCUUCCUUCUGCGACAGAUUUGGCUCCAUAUUCCUCUUGAAGCUUGGCUCCAAGAACCUUGUUGUUGUGUCCGACGCUGAGCUUGCCAGCCAAGUUCUCCAUGCUCAGGGUGUCGAGUUUGGCUCUCGUCCUCGUAAUGUUGUGUUUGAUAUCUUCACUGGAAAUGGUCAGGAUAUGGUGUUUACGGUUUAUGGAGACCAUUGGCGUAAGAUGCGUAGAAUCAUGACUUUGCCGUUUUUUACAAAUAAAGUGGUGCAUAAUUAUAGUGGCAUGUGGGAGGAUGAGAUGGACUCUGUGGUUCGUGACCUUAAGAGUAACAAGAAGUUUCAAUCUGAAGGGAUAGUCAUCAGAAAGCGUUUGCAGUUGAUGUUGUACAACAUCAUGUAUAGAAUGAUGUUUGAUGCAAAGUUUGAGUCUCAGGAUGAUCCUUUGUUUAUUGAAGCAACUAAGUUCAACUCAGAAAGAAGUCGAUUAGCACAGAGUUUUGAGUACAACUAUGGAGAUUUCAUUCCUCUCCUUAGACCAUUCUUAAGAGGUUACUUGAACAAGUGCAGAGAUUUGCAGACUAGGAGGUUGGACUUUUUCAACAAAAACUACGUGGAAAAAAGAAGGAAAAUAAUGGCUGCUAAUGGAGAUAAACACAAGAUAACUUGUGCCAUGGAUCAUAUCAUAGAUGCUCAAAUGAAAGGUGAGAUAAGUGAAGAGAAUGUGAUUUACAUUGUAGAGAACAUCAAUGUGGCAGCGAUAGAAACAACAUUAUGGUCAAUGGAAUGGGCAAUAGCCGAGCUAGUGAAUCAUCCAGAAAUUCAACACAAGAUUCGAGAGGAGAUUGCUAAUGUCCUAAAAGGAAAGGAAGUGACUGAAUCAAACCUUCACGAAUUGCCAUACUUACAAGCAACAGUAAAAGAAACAUUGAGGUUGCACACCCCAAUUCCAUUGUUAGUGCCACAUAUGAACUUGGAAGAGGCGAAACUAGGAGGAUACACCAUUCCAAAGGAAUCCAAGGUGGUCGUUAAUGCAUGGUGGCUAGCUAAUAACCCCAAGUGGUGGAAAAAUCCAGAGGAGUUUAGGCCAGAGAGGUUCUUCGAAGAAGAAAGUGGAACAGAAGCGGUUGCUGCAGGAAAAGUGGAUUAUCGAUUCUUACCCUUUGGAGUUGGAAGGAGGAGUUGUCCUGGAAUUGUUCUGGCAAUGCCAAUAUUAGGUCUCAUUGUUGCCAAGUUAGUUUCAAAGUUUGAAAUGAAACCCCCAAGUGCAAUGGAGAAGAUCGAUGUCACAGAGAAAGGAGGACAAUUCAGCCUACAUAUAGCCAACCACUCCACUGUCGUUUUUAACCCCAUCAAUUCUUAAUAUUUCCCACCCAUUCCUUAUAUUUUACUCUCUUUUUUGUUAUAGAUUUAAUUUCAUUACUUUUAAAUGACAUGUUCAAAUAAAGAUCCUAAAUCAUCUCUAAAUCAUCAAGAGAUGAAAAUAAUACAAAACAAAAUUUUCACAGAGAUAGGAAAGUAAUUUAGUCUACACAUUGUAAACUCAAUUGUGGCUUAGCCUUAUUAAAAUAUGCUUAAAGUGGUGGCUGAUUGAAGUAGAAUUGCACUUUCUUAA